AAAUUCACUGAAGGCUUUUUCUUUCUUUUUCUCUCUCUCUCUCUCUCUCUCCACACAUUUUAGGAAAGGGAGCUCUCACACAACACAUUGCCCUCCCUCUUUAUCUCUCUCAACAGUUGUAGUGAGUGCUCUCUUUUCUUUCUUUCUUUUCCACUCUGCUAAAGCAAAACCAAAGCAAAGCCUAUCAAGGGUCUGAUUUUUGCGAGGACGCGCUCUCUCUCUCUCUCUCUCUCUCUCUCUGUCUCCCUCUCUCUCUCACAAGCCCAGAAAUUGUCUUGCAAUUGAUGGACGUGAAGAUGAACAUAAGUGGGAGUGUCAACGGAGGGGAACAUUUGGUGAGUGAUGGGUUUGUUCAAUUUGAUCUGUUUUAGCAAGUGUAAUUUAUGUCGAUGGCCUCAAAAUCUGGUGCCAGAACUUCCCCAGAAAGUCAGAGGAAAUUAAUUGGAAGUCAGACAACAGAAGGAAAUUUUCGUAGACCUUCACCUUUACAGAUCACGAAGACCAGCAAAUCAGAGCCAGUUACUCCAAAAAAACUGCCUAGGCAUGUGCAACAAACUGCAUCUAAGGAGGUUUCUGCACAAACCACCGAAGAGAAGAACUGCAAGAUCCCUUAUUUGAAGGAGUCUACCAAAUCUUUAGCUGACCAGUUAGGUUCAACGUUAUCACUUGGUGAUGCAAAACAGGUGCCAGCUGAUGUGUGUCCUGCGGUGAGUGACACCAGGAAUUUGCUGGAAGGUGGUGAUCAAGAAAAGAAAAUAUCAGAAAAUGGAGUUAGCCCAGCUCCAGCGAAAGUCAGUGAUGGGACCAGCAGUCUUGCCAAGACUAGUGGAAGUGCCAAAAUUAGUGAUCGAGGUGAUUUUGUUGAGAGUGGGAAGAGCAGUAUUUGUAGAGGUAGCACAAGCAGUGACGUGAGUGACGAGAGUACUUGUAGCAGCUUAAGUAGUGCUAUCAACAAACCCCACAAGGCGAAUGACAUACAUUGGGAAGCCAUACAGGCAGUCCGAGCAAGGGAUGGUGUUUUUGGUUUGGGCCAUUUCAGACUUUUGAAGAAGUUGGGCUGUGGGGAUAUUGGAAGUGUUUAUCUUUCAGAGUUGAGUGGGACAAAAUGUUAUUUUGCAAUGAAGGUCAUGGACAAAGCAUCUUUAGCUAACCGUAAAAAACUUCUUCGGGCUCAGACUGAAAGAGAAAUACUUCAAUGUUUAGACCAUCCCUUCCUUCCAACCCUAUAUACCCACUUCGAGACAGAGAAGUAUUCUUGUCUGGUGAUGGAGUUCUGCCCUGGAGGCGACUUGCACACACUUAGGCAGAGGCAACCAGGAAAGCAUUUUACUGAACAAGCAGUGAAGUUCUAUGUAGCAGAGGUUCUCCUUGCGCUGGAAUAUCUUCACAUGCUCGGGAUUGUUUAUCGUGACCUCAAGCCAGAAAAUGUCCUUGUGAGAGAUGAUGGGCACAUAAUGCUUUCCGACUUUGACCUUUCCCUGCGCUGUGCUGUCAGCCCAACCCUUGUCAAAUCUUCCGCUCCUGAGUCUGAACCUUUUCGAAGGAACUCAGCUUAUUGUGUGCAACCCGCCUGCAUUGAGCCCUCUUGUAUUCAGCCAUCUUGUGUGGUGCCUACAACAUGUUUCUCCCCUCGUUUCUUUUCAAGCAAAUCCAAGAAAGACCGGAAACCCAAGAAUGAAAUUGGAAAUCAAGUCAGACCAUUACCAGAACUUAUGGCUGAGCCAACCAAUGCUCGCUCGAUGUCAUUUGUUGGGACCCAUGAGUAUUUGGCACCAGAAAUUAUCAAAGGUGAAGGGCAUGGCAGUGCUGUUGAUUGGUGGACUUUUGGGAUCUUUCUGUAUGAGCUGUUGUUUGGUAAGACUCCUUUCAAGGGAUCAGGGAAUCGAGCCACCCUGUUCAACGUGGUGGGUCAGCCAUUGAGAUUUCCAGAGACACCAGUGGUUAGCUUUUCAGCAAAGGAUCUGAUAAGGGGCCUACUAGUGAAAGAACCACAGAAUAGGCUGGCAUAUAAGCGAGGAGCAACAGAGAUUAAACAGCACCCCUUCUUUGAAGGUGUUAACUGGGCAUUGAUUCGAUGUGCAAGCCCGCCUGAUAUUCCAAAACCAGUCGAGUUUGACCGGAUUUCAGCCCCCACAGUCUCAACUAGUGAUAAAGCUACUGUUGCUGCUUCUCAUCCGGACCAAAACAAUUAUCUGGAAUUCGAUUUCUUUUAAUUACUUACUGAACUGAAAUGCCAUUUCCAUUUUGUUGAGAAAGAUGUAGAGCUUCUGAAAUGUUGAUUUAUGUGGAAUUUAGGGUUUUCUUUUAACGUUGAUAAUGAUCAUAUGUUU